AUGACUCUUGACAGCACUCGUCAAAUAACGCACACGGCAUUCACAACACAGACUCAACGCCCUCCUUCUGUCUUCCUAGGUGAUAUCCAACCGCUAAAAUCGACAGACACCUCGGGUGCGAUCCUUUGUGCUGAUGAGCUCGUCGAGAAUUUGAAUGCUAUGAGUUCUGUGGCAUCGAGUAAUAUAAGCGAGGAGGACCUUUUCAUCACCAUUGAUCUGUUAGAGGUGCAAAGCGCAGACCGUACCGGCUGGUUUUCAAUUCAGGAAGUUCUGUCGACAGAUGAUGUUGACAUACAGUCCAUGUAUUUCCACCUGACGGACGUUCAACAUUCAGCCAUCUUUGCUGAUAUCCGAGCUUUCUCAGGAUACUAUCUACCGUCUCCUACCGUCUAG